AUGUCAUAUCCGACAACAACUGCUAGCACAGGAACAACAGCAGAGCUCACUACGACCGAAACAGAGUCACCAGUGACCACGAGCUUCUUCACUCCCGAGCUGCCGACGACCACAGCAUUACCAGAAAGGCUUCGCUUUGAUAUUCUUUUCCUCAUCGGCGUCAGCAAGGAAUCGAAAGAUCGCUUGGAUGAUAUGAACCGCUUUGUUACGUCAGUGAUGUCUGCUUACGACGUGUCGCAGCGAAACGCCCGUGUAGCACUGGUAGCUGUCGGAAGUGAUGAAGUUGGUUCGACGCCUAUUGCAAAAUUCGACACCAUUUAUUCGUACCGCAGUCUUCUUCAAUAUAUCGAUCGCAUAAAACGAAACACGGAUUUCAAACAUGACGGACAGGCGGCAGAAGAGGCAUUCUCAAUUGCUGUGCUGAAGAGCUUCAUGAAUUCUGGAUAUCGAACCUAUCUCAAGAACCAUGUGAUCGUCUACGUUACAGCCACAACAAAAUUCGACGAUGAACCGCUAAGAAUCACUGAGGAGAUCCUCAAGAACGGCAGCUACGGUAUUAUCACUGUCGGCUAUGGGCCGAAUGUUACUGACCAGACUGCUCUCCAGGUCAUCGCUGGUGGAGCCGCUUGCUCUUUUAUAGCGUAUGAUUCAACUGGACUGCAAAAUAAGGUGGCUUCUGUGCGACAGCUCAUUCGCGACGCAGAUGAAAACGGUGGCAGUACUGCGGUAUGUCAUAUCCGACAACAACUGCUAGCACAGGAACAACAGCAGAGCUCACUACGACCGAAACAGAGUCACCAGUGA